GAUAAAUUGUAAGACGUGCGCAGUCAAAAUUCAUUUAAAAAUAUUCAAAUUUUGUAAUUUAAUUGUUUACUUUAUUUUAUAAUAUGCUACCAAAUUUGUCACAGUAAAAAAUGCUGCUACCGUUAAACGAUUUUGUUCCAAAUCUUCACUCCAACUCAAAUAUUUAUCUGCUAAAACGACAGAUUGCAGAGAAUGGAACAAAAACACAAACCCAACUCUUUCAAGUCUUCAGAUUCCGGAUUGAAGACACAAGAACUGCCAACGAUGUCAAGGUUCAGUAAAGAUGUACCUAACGCCACUACCGAUGACGCAGUGGAAGCCCCUAUAAAAGAAGGCGCUGUAGUUCAAUCAAGUCAUAAAUCAAAAGGUUUCCGCGGCUUUUUUAAAUUCGGAUCUAGCAGCAAAUCAAAAGGAGGACAGCCAAAUAAAAAGCAAAUUAAUCAGCCCAAUGCUCCUCUAAGUGACGACGAUACACGCCGUCUGAUUGGUCUAUAUUCGAAAUACGAAAAUCUCUAUAAUCGCCACAACUCACAAUAUGGCAACAAGCAAAUCGAGAAUAUAUAUUAUUCGGACAUAGCGCGGUCCUUUAAAAACCAAACUGGGCCACAGAUUGAAGCUACGAUUACGGAGCUGCGCACGGCAUUUGAACGUGAAUAUGCCUUGAUUCAGGAUGCGCGUCUCAACCACGGUGACAUUUUGAUGCCCACAAUUAAAUACUACAAUGAGUUUCUAUUUCUAGUGCCUUUUAUCAGUACGAGCAGGGAGGGAGCUGAGGACGAACAUACGGGCAAGGAUGUAUCCUCCCUUGCCAGUCAAAGUAGCCAAGUACUCUCGACUUCAGAGCUGGCGCCGUACAGCAUCGCGAGUCUGCGAAAUAAAUGCGCUUCAUCUGUGCCAGGAUCGCAAUUUUGUGGAAUGAAAUCCAAAAAUAUACAAAAUGUGUCAUUACCAAAUAACGAAAAUAAAUCAAUGAAACUCAAGAAUAGAAAAGAAAGCAGGUGGAAAAACGAAGAGAAUGCAGAUGAAGACAAAAGACAGAAAUAUACCGAAUCACAAAAGAGCUUCAAAUCGAAAAAUGAUACAGAAGCGCAAGAGGUUGACAAAUCGAAAACCGGUGGGGAGCCACUGAUGAUAGAUAAAUCUAAAAAUGAAACGGAAUCAGUGAAGAUAGAUAAAUCAAGAAGUGACACGGUAUUAAAUAACAAAAAUACAAAAUCCGAGCGUGCAAGCGCGGUGUUUCAGAAGCCGACUUCUGCAGAGAAGCAGAAAGCAACUGUUCAAAUACAAACAUCCGAAUCGGACCUACAAAGAGCUGGCCAAGGUGGCCAGUUAAGUAGCAAUCUCUGCAACAGAAAUCAGCAACCGAAAUGCAUUGCCAUCCUCAACAGGCCAGGUUCAGGUAGUGGACUUCCCCGACCACGCAACAGUCAGGAUCAGCGUAGUGGAUCAUCCAAGAAUAAUGGCCAUCAGCUGGAAACGCUAUGCGAAAUGAUUAGAACUGAGCUCAGUUCAGCGCCAGAUUGCAUUUACUUCGAUGCCAAGUGGCGUAUCAUUGAGAUCUUACGUGAGGUAAACAAACGCCAAAUGAUCUACAAAAAGGGCGAGCCAUCGCAAACCCAAUAUCGUAAGACUGACAUCGAAGCCUAUUACAAUAUUUGUGAUACCAGUAUGAGCAGUGCACAUAAUUCCCAAAGCUUGCGAAACUCGAGCAACAGUUGUCCAUACUGUGCGAACGGAGUCAACCGCUAAAUUCGCAAAUUAAAUAUCUUAUCAGUCGCUGAGCAGCCCGACUCGGCCAUGACCAAGUUUAAUUAGAUAAGCGAGAGUUUCUAUCGCUUCUCAGUUCUGCAACAGCUGUAUGGCAAGAUGGAAGCAUUUUUAAGCAGCUCAAAGUUAUUCAAGCAUUGGCCGAGCAUUCUUUUAGGUUUUCUCAUCGCAAUGGUAAUUAAAUACAUCAAUGUUUACCGAAGGCGACAGGCGGAAAAGUUGGCGGGGGAAGAGCAUAUUGCAGUCGAAUUCGCGAUGAUCGAUGCCGACAUCAAGCCAGCUUUGGAAGAGAAACCACAUGUGCCAUACGCUCCUGGGCGGAAUCUCAAUCCGAAUG